CUGGCCCGCGCGCCGCUCGGCCGCCGGCCGCCCCUGCUGCUGCUGCUGGCGGCGGUGCUGGCGGCGGCCGCCCCCGCGUCCCCGGCCGAGCCCCGCUCGCGAAGUUGCUCCGAAGUGAAGCGGCUCUACGUGGCCAAGGGCUUCAGCCAGAGCGAGGCGCCCAGCCACGAGAUCAACGGUGAUCACUUGAAAGUCUGCCCUCAAGGCUACACCUGCUGUUCCCAAGCCAUGGAGGAGAAGUAUUGGCAGCAGAGCAGACAGGAUUUCAGCCGUGCUGUUGUCGAGCUGAGCAACAAUCUGCAAGGAAUCUUCGGUUCGCGAUACAAGAAGUUUGAUGAAUUUUUCAGAGAGCUCCUGGAGAACGCCGAGAAAUCCUUGAAUGACAUGUUUGUACGAACUUACGGCCUCCUGUACAUGCAGAACUCCGAGAUGUUUAAGGACCUCUUUGUGGAGCUGAAGCGAUACUACGCGGGCGGCAGGGUCAACCUGGAGGAGAUGCUCAAUGACUUCUGGGCCCGGCUUCUUGAGCGCAUGUUCCGCCUGGUCAACCCCCAGUACCACUUUUCGGACGAGUACCUGGAGUGCGUCAGCAAGUACACCGAGCAGCUGAAACCAUUUGGGGACGUCCCACGAAAGCUGAAGCUGCAGGUGACUCGGGCUUUUGUGGCAGCUCGCACUUUCGCCCAAGGCCUGGCCGUGGCGAGGGAUGUCGUGGCUAAAGUGUCUGCGGUCAACCCCACGCCCCAAGGGGUUCGCGCCCUGACCAAGAUGAUGUACUGCCCGUUCUGCCGAGGCUUGGUCGCCAUCAAGCCGUGUUACAACUAUUGCUUCAAUGUCAUGCGAGGCUGCUUAGCCAACCAAGGGGAGCUGGACACGGAGUGGAAUAACUUCAUAGAUUCAAUGCUCAUGUUGGCCGAGAGGUUGGAAGGCCCUUUCAACAUCGAGUCUGUCAUGGACCCCAUCGAUGUGAAGAUUUCAGACGCCAUCAUGAACAUGCAAGAAAACAGCUUGCAGGUGUCCCAAAAGGUUUUUCAAGGAUGUGGACAGCCCAAGAUGCUGGCACAAAGCCGAACAUCUCGCUCAGCAUCGGAUAGUAGCUUCAGUGCCCGCUUUAGGCCUUACAACCCGGAGGAACGCCCAACCACAGCCGCAGGCACGAGUUUAGAUCGACUGGUGACAGAUGUGAAGGAGAAACUGAAGCAAGCAAGGAAGUUUUGGUCUUCCCUUCCCAGCAACAUCUGCAGCAAUGAGAAGAUGGCUGCUGGCAACCUGCAUGAAGAAGAAUGCUGGAACGGAAACAGCAAGAGCAGGUACAUCUUCGCUGUGAUGCCGAACGGCUUAGCCAACCAGGCGAACAAUCCCGAAGUGGAAGUCGACACUUCGAAGCCGGAUAUGGUGAUCCGUCGGCAGAUCAUGUCCCUCCGAGUGAUGAUCAGCAAGCUGAAGAACGCCUAUAAUGGCAACGACGUUGACUUCAUUGAUAUCAGCGACGAAGGCAGUGGAGAAGGCAGUGGGAGUGGGUGCGAAUUGCAGCACUGUUCUCCUGAAUUGGCGCUCAACGGGACCGACGUCACGCAGAAUGUCAACCAAGUGGACAAAAAAAUGACUGACUCCGCCACUAGUCUGGGCUCAUCAGGAGCAGCGAUCCUUUUAAGCAUCUUUUUGUUCCUAAUGGGGCAAAGACAAUGGAGAUAACUGUGCAUCCUCCUCGUUCUUCUUCUUUUUUUUUAAACAGUUGGAGAGGGGAAAAUGACUUUUAAAAAAAAAAAGUGCUAAGAGGGACCGGAUUUCACGUUUAUACCAUCGAAAGACUUUUGGGGAGGUGCGGAAGGUUCCUUUGUAAGUUAAUGGAAAACAGUGUACAGUUUUUUUUAAAAAAACCUCUUGUGGCCACUGGUUUUAAUUUUUUUUUUCCUGCCCCCUUUCAUUUUUUGGGAAGGGAAAAAAAAAACAACAGAACCGUUUGGACCAGUUAAUCUGAUCUGUUGACUGAGAAACUACAAUAAGUGUGGUUAAGCAAGUGUA